CCCGAAUAUGCUGCUUAUUCAAUCAUUUUUUUAGUAGCAACCCUUAAUAUGUGUCUCUCAUUUUGAACAAGACUUUUCCACUCAUUUUCACUAACAAUUUCCUCCUUUUUAACUGACUCAUUCCCAUCUCCUCAAACUCCACGAACACAAUCAAACAUCUUUUUUUCCUUCUUCUCCUUCUUAAUCUCCCCGAAAUUAAACAAUAAGAAAAAAAAUGUCGGAAUCGGGCAAGAAGCCGCAUGCAAUAGUAAUAAGCUACCCGUUACAAGGGCAUGUGAUACCCGGGGUUCAUCUGGCAAUAAAGCUAGCAUCCAAAGGUUUCACAAUCACCUACAUCAACACACAGUACGUACACAACCAGAUCACGACCGGAGACAAGACCGUCAACGGGCAAGGCGACAUCUUCGCCGAGGUCCGGAAAAGGGGGCUCGACAUCCGUUACACCACCGUCUGCGACGGGCUCCCCUUGGAUUUCGACAGAUCUCUCAACCACGACCAGUUCUUUGCUUCUUUGCUGCAUGUCUUCUCCGCUCACGUCGAAGAAGCGGUGAAGAAGAUCCUCAAAUCGGGUCCUCCGGUUGAUUGUUUGAUCGCGGAUACGUUCUUCGUUUGGCCUGGAUCGCUGGCUAAGAAAUAUGGACUUGUUUAUGUUUCUUUCUGGACCGAACCCGCCUUGGUUUUUUCCUUGUAUUAUAAUCUCGAUGUCCUGAGGUUCAACGGCCACUUCGGUUGCAUAGACUUGAGAGAAGACCCGGUUGACUACCUGCCCGGAGUCGGACCGAUCGAACCGAAAGACUUGCCGUCAUACGUACAAGAAAUGUACCCAACCUCAGUGGUUCACCAAAUCAUCUUCAAAGCCUUCAAAGACGCAAAGCAAGCCGAUUUCGUGCUCUGCAACACCGUCCAGGAGCUCGAGUCCGGCGCCAUCGCCGCCCUGAACAAGACGAAGCCGUUUUAUGCCAUCGGGCCCAUCUUCCCAACCGGGUUCACCAAGAGCUGCGUCGCCACCAGCCUCUGGUCCGAGUCCGACUGCGCCCACUGGCUCGACACCAAACCGCCCGGUUCGGUUCUCUAUGUCUCCUUCGGCAGUUACGCCCACAUGAAAAAAAACGAUUUGCACGAGAUCGCUAAUGGGAUUCUAGAAAGCCAAAUCAGCUUCGUUUGGGUGCUCCGACCCGACAUCGUCAGCGCCGAGGACCAAAACCCGUUGCCGGACGGGUUCCGGGCGGCUUCCGGCGAACGAGGAAUGAUUAUCCCCUGGUGCUGUCAAAUAACCGUGUUGAAUCACCCGGCGAUUGGCGGGUCCUUGACCCAUUGCGGGUGGAAUUCGAUUCUGGAAAGCAUCUGGUGUGGGGUCCCGUUGCUCUGUUUUCCUCUGCUGACGGAUCAAUUCACAAACCGGAAACUGGUGGUGGAUGAUUGGAAGAUCGGAAUGAAUCUGUGUGACCGGGUUCUGGUCACCUCCGGCGAGGUUUCUCGCAAGGUCAAGUGUUUGAUGAGUAACAAGUCUGACGAGUUGAAGAAGGGAAUCAAGAGAAUGAAGGAUCAAAUGGAGAAGGCAUUGGGAAAAGAUGGAUCGUCGGAGAAGAAUUUGGAUCAAUGCAUUGCGGAAUUGACGGCCACUAUUGAAAAGAAAAAGGGAUCAGUUGCCGGAGGUUAAUUUGGAUUUGAUCCAUAUAUUUGACACUUCUUCACCUUACUCAAUUGAUUUCUUCAUAGUGCACUUGUGUUUUUUACAACUGGAAAGUUUUGAAUAAUAAUUAGUUUGUGUUGGACCCGAUGCACGAAGUCAUUACUCUGAAUAAUCUGAAUUCGGGAAUAAUUAGUUUGGUUAGUCUGUUCAUGAGUUGUAGUACUUCAAAUUUUUAGAAACCUUAUUGGGUGUGUGCAUGCAUGUGUAUGGCUCUGAACAUUGUGUUAAAUAAUUAGUUUUUCAAAUAAUACUAUAUAUAUUUUUGGCCAAUUUUGGUUAUAUAUGUGACGUA